AUGAUCGCUCUGCGGUGCAUGUCCACAAUCGUCGACCACCAGCCAAACAUCCCCUUGACGCCCUCACAACCUCCGCCGCCUCCUAAAUCAGUCGGCGGCGACGCUCAUCGCUCAAUCGAAGAUGAGCGAAGACGAGCUGCGAAACAGAUCUUCAGGGCUGCCGUGGCGGCCACUGCUCCGAGACAUGACUACACAAAGGAGGAGAUUGCGGCUAUUUAUUACCAGCCGUUGAUGGAGUUGACGUUUCAAUCUGCAAAUGUCCAUCGACGCUUUCACAAUCCGGCCGAGGUCCAGCUAUGUACCUUGAUGAAUAUCAAAACCGGAGGAUGCACCGAAGACUGCUCCUACUGUGCCCAGUCUACACGCUAUCAAAAGGGCACCGGCCUAGAGGCCAAACGCGUUGAGAGCGUCGAGAGUGUGCUGGCCGCAGCUCGCGUCGCAAAGGACAAUGGCAGCACCCGCUUCUGCAUGGGAGCCGCCUGGCGCGACAUGAGGGGGCGGAAGAACAGCUUGAAGAAUAUCAAAGAGAUGGUGCGCGGCGUGCGAGAGAUGGGCAUGGAAUGCUGUGUGACGCUCGGCAUGAUCGACGAACACCAGGCCAAGGAGCUGAAGGAUGCUGGUCUGACUGCCUACAACCACAACGUCGACACCAGCCGCGAAUUCUAUCCGUCUGUGAUCUCCACGCGCACAUAUGACGAGCGCUUGAAGACACUGAGCCAUGUUCGCGAUGCGGGCAUCAAUGUAUGCUCAGGCGGCAUCUUGGGUCUCGGAGAAUCGUCCGAGGACCGCAUCGGUCUGCUGCACACCGUGUCAACACUGCCCUCUCAUCCCGAGAGCUUCCCUGUCAAUGCUUUGGUCCCUAUCAAGGGAACGCCCCUGGGAGAUCGGGCCCCCAUCGAGUUCACCAGCAUGCUGAGGACCAUCGCGACGGCGCGUAUCCUGAUGCCAGCCACCAUCAUCCGCAUAGCGGCCGGACGGAAGACCAUGUCGGAGGAGAAGCAGGCCUUGUGUUUCAUGGCAGGUGCCAAUGCGAUUUUCACCGGCGAGAAGAUGCUGACGACGGAGUGCAAUGGUUGGGACGAGGAUAGCGCCAUGUUCGGGCGUUGGGGGCUCGAGCCGAUGAAGAGCUUCGAGAAAUCACCGCAGCCAACUCCGGGCGAAUUCACGGGGCCAUGA